CCCGCUCCCUGUUUCCUAUCAACCAAAGCAUCGGAAUCAAUGCCAAGGAACCCGAAAGCCAUCCAGCAAGCAUUAAUACACCUCCAAAACCGCCACGCAGUCUUCAUAUUCAGAAACACGAACCUAAACAACGACCGCCAAGUCUCCUUCUCCAAACAGCUCGGAGAGCUCGAGAUCAACCAUUCAUGGGGAGGCAGCGAGCGCGUUGGGUCAGAAUACCUAUUUGACGUCUCGAACCUUGAGGCGGACGGGGGUUUAGUGAAGAAAGACUCGAGAAGAUGGCACCACGCCCUCGGCAACGCCCUCUGGCACACCGACUCCUCCUUCAACCAACACCGCUCCAAAUACUCUCUCCUCCUCUCCCACACGCCCUCCAACUCCUCCGACUCAAACACCUUUUUCGCCGACACUCGUCUGGCGUUCCACGACUUGCCUGAGGAAAAGAAAGCAUAUCUCCGGACGCUAAUCGUAGAGCAUUCCCUCUGGCACUCCCGCAAACUCGACUCUCCAACCAUAUACCACUCACCCACGGCCGACGAAUUAGUCAAGAAACCACCAUCCUGCCACAAACUGGUGCAACUGUCCCCUUCCGGCGAGCAAGAAACACUAUUCCUCGCCGCGCACGCGAAGCGAGUUUUCCUUCCGAGCGGGAACGAGGUGGAGGAUAGUCAGAAGCUGGUGUGGGACUUGAUACAGUGGUGUGCGCAGGAGAAGUAUGUUUUUGCGGCGGAGUGGAGGGAGAGCGGGACGUUGAUGUGGUGGGAUAAUAGGCAGUGUAUGCAUAGGGCGAGUGGGUAUAGUGAGGGGAUGGGGAGGAGGGAUGUGAGGAGGGCGACGGUGGUGGAUGAUGGGAGGGAGGCGUGGGGGAUGGGUGAGGAGGUGAUUGGGAGGUUGGGGUUGAGGGGAUGA